UCAGUAUUUAAACAGGGCUACUUUCCAUUUAAAAACUACAACAAUCUUGGUAACAAUACCAGCAACUGCAUUUUUAUUCCCUUUAUUAAACAUCACCCCAACAUGGAAACAGGAUACCAGGCCUAGGUAUCAGCCUGUCUAUACCCACACACCAAAAUGUGACCCAGAUUUGCAUGCUGUUAAAACAGAGGGAGGCACACACUGUGGCUUACAAAAACAUAUUUACAUCUUCUCACACAAAUGAAACCGCCUGACACGGCACUAAAGAAAAAAAAAUUCUGCGGAGGCCAUGGAGUAUAUGUUACCACUAAACAGGGCUAUUAGAGCUCAACAAUACCCCACUUUAACCAAAAUGAAUCCCAAUCUGUUUUGCUUGCUACAAAAAUAAACUGACUUGUUUUCCAUUAGCUGCCGGUGAGCUAGAAAAUUAGGAUCUCGAAAGAGAAUGAGCUGCAUGUAGGGAAAACGUAAGAUGAUAGGAGCCACUAAUCUAUAAUAAAUAAAAAAUAGGACGAGUACUCAAAUAGUUGAUACCAAUACUUUUUUUUUUCUGGGGAAAAAAAAGUGGCAAUAGUGAGUACCGUAACUACCUGAGAGUCUUGAGAACAUAAUCAUAAACAGAAAGCAUUUUCUGAGAUGGAAGAAUUUAUAAAACACUCCAACAGAUUUCAAAAUGUUUAUUUGUCGGCUACCGUGUACUUGUUUCCAAAAAAGUUGAAGUAAAUAAAUGUUAACGAUUGAGAGAGCACUUAUAGGUAUACAAAUCUGCAGAGGCAUGUGCUUUCAGCCACGUGACAGAUAACCUGCUUGAGGAGGUGUGGCUAAUAACUCUUCAGGUAGUGCGUUCCUUGGGCAACACAGCCAGUUAUUGACUGCUCACUUCUCUCUUCUACAUUACGAAGACCACCAUCAAAUAAGGCUGUUUAUGUGAGUGCUUCCAUUUUUUAAAACUUGGUCUUGCAAGAAUUGCUCAGUUUUAAGGGCAUCACUGCAUAAGGACACACCUGAUGUUACAGAUGAAGUGCAAAGGAACUGAUAUUUCUGGUUGGGGAAUUUAAGGUCUGCAUUAUGACUGGUAUUUUUUCACCAGAAUAUAUCCAGCAAGCUAAACCCAUUUGUUACUCCUGACAAAGAACCAAGUGAACCAAAACUGUGACAGUCAGACUAUCGUGAUUUCCAAGCUGUGGUACCAUUGGGAUUCAUUCUAACUAGAGUCAUGCCUGUGGUUAAAGUGGAGAGUGAUUCUCCCUCUGAAACCACUCUUCCAGUGAAUGACAGUCAGAGAGCAGAGCCGCAAAGAGGGCGCCGGAGGAAGAGGCCCCUUCAGCGAGGCAAACCACCAUACAGCUACAUCGCUCUGAUCUCGAUGGCCAUUGCCAACUCGCCCGACCGCAAACUCACUCUGGGAGGGAUCUACAAGUUCAUCACAGAGAGGUUUCCUUUCUAUCGAGACAACUCUAAGAAAUGGCAGAAUUCCAUCCGCCAUAACCUGACACUCAACGACUGUUUUAUCAAGAUCGCCCGAGAGCCAGGUAGACCCGGAAAAGGCAACUAUUGGGCACUGGAUCCCAAUGCUGAAGACAUGUUUGAGAGCGGAAGCUUUCUAAGACGCCGAAAGCGUUUUAAACGCAGCGACUUCACUACGUAUUCAUCGUAUGUCCACGAGUCUCCCGUCUUCUCACCAGUCCAGAUUGCACGCUCAGCCUAUGCCAACUCGGUCUACUCCAACAUGGCUGUGAGCCCGCCAUAUGCACAACAGCUGCCUUCCGCCUACUACCAGUCCUCCACUCCGAGCUUUGCCGCAGGUCAGUCGAGGGUCUUCAGAAUCAACUCUCUCAUUGGGUCGCCUAGCAGGAUGGGCCAAAGCGCAGAGAUGAUGCCUCAGCAGUCUUGCCGCAGUUUCAGUCCUGAGAGUGGCUCCUGCAGUUUGGGUGGACCAGGUUUCCAGCAUCAGUCCUGCAGCGGGGAGACGGUGCUGUCGUGCUGUUCUAGCUCUUCAAACAACAUGGCAUUUGCCUACUCCAGCCCGGGACAUGGACAAACUCAGGUAUCAUAUCCACAAGGCAGCACCCAGGCAUACGGGCCAACAGGGAGGGUGGCCAUCUCCAGUUUGUCUCCCAUUGCUGGUGAUGCUGUCGGGGACCCGUAUGGUAGAACCUCACCUGCACAGCUGGGCUCUUUUGUUCAGUACAACAAUUCUGGUCCAGUAGGAAGCUCAGGAGCCUACAUCAGGCAUCCAGCUUACUCAAGUAAUAUGGACAGGUUUGUGUCUGCCACCUAACAAAGAUUGGGGAUCUUUUCCUAUAGCGAGAACCGCUGUCACAAAGGAACAUUAAGAGAGACCAUUUUAGUGAACAUGAAAAACAUUGUGAAAAACAACUGUGAUAUUUAAAAUAAUGUUGUUGUUUUAUUCCCUCAAUAGUCAAUUGAAAUGUCAGUGAUCUCAAUUUACACAUGUACAGACCUUUCCUAUUACAACACUGUAAAAAAGCACAAAGUGCUCAAGUUAAAAACAGAUGUUUACAAAGGUCAGACUUUUUUUUUUAAAGCAAUGUCUUCUAAGCAAGGUGUUUUUUAAUUAUUUGAGUGAAAUGUGUUCGUAUGCUUUGUAUAUGCUUUUCUUAUAAUUGCCAUCUGUGGUAAAAGUAUAAGUGCUUCCAUUUACUAUUCAUUGAAUUAAGUUACUUAAGUCAGUGAUAUAAAAAUGUUUCUACAAGAGGCUGUGUUGCUGGAUCUUUUAGAGGAUGAGGAUUUUGGAGAAAUUAUAUUUAAUUUUUUUUUCUUUUUAUAUUUAAUAUAUACACAACACUAGGCUUUAAAUAAAGAAAUCAUAAAAAAACAUACUAAAAAUACAUCCUUAAGCGGAACUCUAAAUUUAAAUAAAUUUUAAUUUAUUUCACUUAUUUCUCUUUUAAAUGUAUUUCUAAAACAGAUCAUGGUAAAUUAUACUUUUUUCCCGGUUUUUAUAUUUUUGAAAAAUAUUACAGCAUAAUAUUAUAUAAUUUGAAAGAAUAAACAAUCAGUUCAUUCAUAUAGCACUAAAAUAAUUUUACAAAUGUAUAUUAAGGAACUGUGUAUAUUCUUUUAUGGCAAGCUUUCAGCCAAAUAUUUAAAACAAUAUUAUAGCAUGCAGUUGGACGCAAAUUAACAGCCGUGGUUUUUAAUGUUGGUUACACUGCUCAAAAUGGUCAGAAUAAGUGCAAAAACAGGGUGAGGUAAAAUAAUUAAAAUAAAGGUUCCAAAAAGAGGGGUUCACAGCGAUACCAUAAAGAAUCAUUUUAGGGUUCCCCAAAAAACCUUUCAGUGAACAGUUCUUAAAAUUUUAAUUUAGGGUGAAGAAGAAAAAAGAAAAUUCUACCUUUUAAAAAUCCAUUACCUUUACCUGCAAUGGAAAGGUUCCAUGGAUGUUAAAGAGUCUUCAUGGAUCAAUAGACGGCAAUAAAGCACCUUCAUUUUUAAGAGUGCAGGACUGUUUUUGCCUCUUAAAUUCUAAUAAAGCUCACCAAAUUUAAGUCAUCCAGUUGCACAAAGUAGGUUGUGAUCUGACAGCACUGAAGACUGUAGAUGUCUGUCCUGUCACUCUCUUUUUUUUUAUUUAUUUAUUUAUUUAUUUUUACAUGCAUUCAAGAUUUUAAAUGGAGUAAUCUUAAAAGACAAAUAUGCCAAUAAAAGUAUACCAAAUGCAUGCUGUGACAAAAUAGAAAAUACUAGUGAGGUCAAUGCUAGAGAAUAAUUUUGUGUAGGUAAAGACCAAUUAACGUAAAAAAAAAAAAAUAGAGCUCGUUUAAACUCUUUAAAAACACCCAGUUGCAAAACAAAAGCAAUGCAUAAAACAUACAGCAAUAAACAUGAUAAACAGCAUCCAAACAAAAGGGACUGAUACCCAACAAUUAAACUGAAAAUAUACUGAGCUUUUUUGAAAAAAAAAAAAAAAAAAAAAAAAAAAUUAUA